AUGGCCACGGCUGAAGGGCCCGCCAGGGCGCAUGAUCGCAAUGGACGUCGUCACCCCUUUUCUAGCUGGAUGAAGCGACUCGCCAGUCUCAAGCAUUCUACCGAUUCAAGUGCCAACCGUUGGUCCAACAAGCGUCAUGCGAUGCCCAAAUACAAAAGCCGGAGUUCGAAGAACAACCCCUACCCGCUGUCGGGCACUGCCCACAUGGUUGCCGACUAUAAUAGCGACUUCAACACUUCCGAGGCGAGUGCGGAUUCCGGCCGGAGGUCCUGUUCGCAGAGCGAACCCUCCCUCGCAUACUCCGGGUACGAGCAGCAGGUCCCAGCCACCAGUGCAAAGUCAACCGCGCCAACCAUCUCAACCAACGGUGAUACGGCCAUCUCCGAAGCAGCAUAUUCCAAGGCAGGGACGAUGGCUACAGUGGGUGGUGGCAUCAGUUCGCAGGGGGGAGGCGAGGGAAGCACCUUCUCAUCGCCCGCGCCAUCGGUCCGAUCUCUGACCACGACCUUAACCACCGUGCAAUCGGCAGCACCUUCUGGCCAGCUCUACAAUACGCAGAACCAGCACCACAGUCUGACCCAUACCGGCUCACUACACAAUCCAGCGACGCAACAGGUGCAAUUUUCUCAUCAGUUUCCCCCGUCGCCAGCCACGGCCGUGCCGCCCCACCUUGCCCCUCAUGGUCACUCGGUCACCUAUAGCACUGCGACAGCCAACAAUAUCUUGACCGACAACGCCUCUAUUUUGACCCUCGCAUCGUCGUCAAAAAGGCGCCGCAGAAACUCCCUCGACACAAAUGCCUCUGUUCGCGCCCUGGCGCCGUCCUCGGUGUUUGGUGGCAGCCGUGAGAGUUUACCCUUGAGUGUGCUGAGUGGAAAUGUCGGAGAGUCAGCAACCUCGUCUUCGUUUAAUCCACCGGGUGUACUCAACAGACCUAGCUUGGUGGGUCUCGCCAGUGUAGAGCGUGCCAGCGUCUACUCAGCAUCCGGGGCCACACCUUUAGCAGGGAGCGGUGAGCGCGGCAGCUUUCACAAGACCGCCACUGCAGGAGACGGUGCCAGUGUCAUCAGCGCGGCCCAAUCGCACAGUCGCCACGACAGCAAUGCAGCCAGCAUCACUGGCACCGGUAUGAGCAGUCCAUGGUCUGGACCGUCAAGCAACCAACCAAUGACGGGAAGAAUCAGCCGUCGCAGCUCAGGAUGGGGAGAGAUCAACGGU